CCGACCUGCGCUUCCUGCAGCGCCGCCUCGAGGAGUGCAACCGCAGGCGCGGCCAGCCGCCGCCCGCCUACGUCACGCGCGACGAGUCGCGCUACUGCCCCAUCACGUUCGACGGCUGGACGUGCUGGGACUUCACGCCGGCGGGCAGCACGGCCUACAACCCCUGCCCCGACUUCGUCAUGGGCUUCGACCCGCGCAGGUCUGCGUUCCGCGUGUGCCUGGACAACGGCACGUGGUUCCACCACCCGCAGAGCAACCGCUCCUGGUCCAACUACACCACCUGCAUCGACAUGGAGGACCUGCAGUUCCGGCAAGUGGUGAACCAGCUGUACGUGAUCGGCUACACCAUCUCCUUCGUGGCGCUGUUGGUGUCCCUGCUCAUUUUCUUCUCUUUCCGGGCCCUCAAGUGCACGCGCAUCGCCAUCCACGUGCAGCUGUUCCUGUCGUUCGCCGCCAACAACCUCAUGUGGCUGGUGUGGUACCGGCACGUCAUCGGCGACAUCAGCGUGCUCAACGAGAACGCGUGGCCGUGCCAGGCGCUGCACGUGCUGCUGCAGUACCUGAUGGUGGCCAACUACAUGUGGAUGUUCUGCGAGGGGCUGCAUCUGCACUUGGCGCUGGUGGUGGUGUUCGUCAAGGACGAGCUGGUGAUGCGCUGGUUCCACUUCGUGGGCUGGGUGCUGCCCGCGCUCGUCGCCGCCGUCUACACCUACUGGCGCAGCAGCCGCCCCGACGACACGCGCAGGUGCUGGAUGGGCGACAGCGUGACGCAGUGGGCGCUGACGGUGCCGGUGCUGCUGUCGCUGGCGGCGUCCGCCGUCUUCCUGGUGAACGUGCUGCGCGUGCUGCUGACGAAGCUGCACUGCAACUCGGCCAACCCGGCGCCCGUGGGGCUGCGCAAGGCGGCGCGCGCCGCGCUCAUCCUCGUGCCGCUGUUCGGGCUGCAGCACGUGGCGCUGCCCUUCCGCCCCGAGCCCGGCGCGCGCGGCGAGCAGCUCUACCAGCUCUUCGCCGCCGUCGUCAUCUCCCUGCAGGGCCUGUGCGUGUCGUGCCUGUUCUGCUUCGCCAACGUGGACGUGCACUGCGCCGUGCGGCCGCUGCUGCGCCGCGCCUGCCCGUUCCUGACGCGCGGGGGCGGCUUGGGCGGCGGCGCCGGCGGCGGCUGUGGCUGCGACAGCGGGCCGCUGGGCGCGCCCCACACGCACACGCACACGCAGAGCCGCGACGUGUGCGUCUGA